CGAAUUCUACAAACGUUUCGAUCCCAAUGGUGUUAUAAGGAUUCCACUUUACACCUUGAUUUUUAUAUGCGGGUUAAUAGGCAAUUCCCUCGUUAUAGCGACACUUGUAAGGAAUAGAAGGGACAUUGAGAAGAGAGUUUAUAUUCGGCGAAACUAUGUGCAGAAUUAUACCUUAUUUUCAAGGCGUUUCGGUGGCCGUUAAUGCUUGGACUUUGGUUGCCAUAUCUCUAGAACGUUAUUACGCUGUUUGCGAACCUUUAAAAUCACGUCGUUGGCAAACAACGUGUCACGCUUACAGAAUUUUGCUUUUAAUCUGGAUUUUUUCUAUGAUUUUGAUGUCUCCUGUUGCGUUUUUAAGCCGUUUACUACCCGUGGAAUUAUCAGGUAAAUACAAGUGCCGAGAAAACUGGCCAAACGAAAUUUUAGAGGGUGGAUUUAACAUCUGUUUAGAUGUCUUUCUAUUAAUUCUACCACUCGGACUAAUGGCAACAGUGUACGGAAAGAUCGCGUUAGUACUAAAACAAGGCAUCGUAGAUAGCGAAAAAUGUGCAAAAACUAUAGAAAUCGCACGGACGAGCGCUACGGGUUUCUACAACUGCGUCAACCCACCCAUACAAGAUUGCAUAUCCGGAGAACCCCCAAAAAUGAUAGUGAAGUGGAACAGGAACAGAAUUUCGACAGGUGAAGUAGGCUCUUCCGAUACUUAUCGAAAUUGGUACAGCAAAGAUAACGGUGACAUACGUACAAAUAACAUACAACAUCGUCUAGCUGUCAAGAACAGAGUCAUAAGAAUGCUAUUCGUUGUCGUUUUAGAAUACUUCAUAUGUUGGACCCCCGUCUACGUCAUUAAUACAGUGUCUGUUUACGUAUCCGGUAGUGUUUACGACAGUUUGGGACACUGCGGCAUCUCUUUCUUCCACUUACUCUCCUAUACUUCUUCCUGUUGCAAUCCACUUACUUAUUGUUUCGUCAAUAAGAAUUUUCGUAGAGAGUUCCUACAGACUUUUCGUAAACCCUGCGGACACAAGAAACAGAUUAUUUGUAGAAGAGGGCCGUUAGAUACGUCACUUAACGGAAACGUCCACCCCUCGAGAGUUGUACCAAUAGAAACUUUAGUCUUAUCCAGUAGACAGAUAUAG